UUGUACAUACAUCUCAUCUAUCUAUCUAUCUAUCUAUCUAUCUAUCUAUCUAUCUAUCUAUCUAUCUAUCUAUCUAUCUAUCUCUGUUCAUAUCUAUCUAUCUAUCUAUCUAUCUAUCUAUCUAUCUAUCUAUCUAUCUAUCAGUCAAUUCAUAUGUAUCUAUCUCAAGUCCCUUCAUCUAACUCCCUCCCCCCUUUCAAAACCACAAAAUUCUUUUCUUUUAAAUCUUUUUCUUUUAACACGUUUGUUGUUGUCCAUCCAUUAAAAGCAUGUUCAACUUCCUCUCUGUCAAGCCUUUCCCCUUGUGAACAAUCGGACAUCUUGUUUUGUUUUUGUUUUUUUGUCUUUUUUCUUAUUCUACUCAAUCUAUUCAUAUCUAUCUAUCUAUCUAUCUAUCUAUCUAUCUAUCUAUCUAUCUAUCUAUCUAUCUAUCUAUCUCAAUCUAUUCAUAUCUAUUCAUAUCUAUCUACCUCGAUCUUAGUCUUCUAUAAUAUUCUUCAUAUAAAAUAUAUAUCUAUAGUUUUCUCAUUUUUCUCAUUAUUCUUCUUUUUUCCACGAUUUUUUUUUCUUCCGAGAGAGGGAGCGUGGAAGAUAUUUAGAAUUUCUUGCUUCUUUUUAUUCUCCAGAAGACACACUGACAUCUUAUUUAACAUCUAUCUAUCUAUCUAUCUAUCUAUCUAUCUAUCUAUCUAUCUAUCUAACGCAGUAUAUUCAUUUUUCUUUCUUUUUUUCUUUCUUUCUAUCGCAGUCGCAGUAUCUUUCUUUCUUACUUUAUAUCUAUUUACCAUAGUAUAUACAUUUUUUCUUUUUGCUAUCUAUCUAUCUAUCUAUCUAUCUAUCUAUCUAUCGCAGUAUAUUCAUUUUUCUUUCCUUUUUCUUUCUUUCUAUCGCAGUCGCAGUAUCUUUCUUUCUUACUUUAUAUCUAUUUACCAUAGUAUAUACAUUUUUAUAUACAUUUUUUCUUUCUAUCUAUCUAUCUAUCUAUCUUUUUAUCUAUCUAUCUAUCUAUCUAUCUAUCUAUCAUCUAUAUUCAUUUUUCUUUCCUUUUUUUCUUUUUUCUUUCUUUCUAUCGCAGUCGCAGUAUCUUUCUUUCUUACUUUAUAUCUAUUUACCAUAGUAUAUACAUUUUUUCUUUUUGCUAUCUAUCUAUCUAUCUAUCUAUCUAUCUAUCUAACGCAGUAUAUACAUUUUUCUUUCCUUUUUCUUUCUUUCUAUCGCAGUCGCAGUAUCUUUCUUUCUUACUUUAUAUCUAUCUACCAUACUAUAUUCAUUUUUUAUUUUUGCUAUCUAUCUAUCUAUCUAUCUAUCUAUCUAUCUAUCUAUCUAUCUAUCUAUCUAUCUAUCUAUCAGAGCUUCAAAUGA